AUGGCGGGAGAUAUACUUGGGAGGAAAAAUUUAGAGGGAUUACAGUCAUAUUUACAGUACUAUAAGAUGUUCGAGAAUGGUUUAACGACUUGUGAAGGAGAUUCAUGGCCCACACAGACAAAAGUUACGUUAGGGGAAAAUCCGAAUCUUAAAGAAUAUGAAAACCAAAUUGUACGGGCUCUAUGCUAUAUAAAGAAUAUGAGGAGGGGACAAUUAACCAAUAAUAAUAAGUUCUGUGAUUUUUUCUACUUCUGGGUGGGAAAUAUUUUUUGGAAGAAAUUUAAGGGGAAUACUACAUCAUUCAAAGAAGCUAUGGAAAAGGUGAAAGGAGCAAUGUCCCAUGGUGGAACUGACCAUGGCUGUUCUUUCCGCUUUAAAACUGAAGGGAUGACAUUUUUCCCACACUGGAAAAGAGUGUAUGACUAUCUUACAGACCGUACUCUUAUAGGGGAGACCUUAGGAUCUGGUGAUCACCCGUGUACUGAGACAUAUCAUAUUUAUUUGCAAGCUAUUCGAUCUGCUUACCGAACUGUGCGAGCACAAUGUAUACAGAGCGGGAAUAAUGAUACAUUCUGUGAAGAAAUGAAAAAAGUAAAUGGUGGAGACGAUUUCGGGAGCGUACCCAAUUUAAAUUGCACAGUAGUAUCCGAAAUUGAAGCUGCUGCAUUAUACAGCUCGAAGUCUGGAACAAGCUCUGCCCUCUCUGGUGCUAUUUCCUCUGGAUCGGUAUUCUUAGGAAUUCCAACAAUACUGUUCUUUUUAUAUAAGUAUAAUUUAUUACCUAAUUGGAUAAAUAAUACCCUCUUCAAAAAGAACAACGGCAGUAGAAGUGUAAAGAGUAACAGGAGAAAUGGAAGACAUAAAAGAGAAUCUACCAUCCGCAACCAUUUUGAUAACCUAACGGACACUUCUACCGAAUAUUCAUCAGCAGAUAACUCUACUCUCGGAGUAACGGACCGUGAUACAAGUACAGUGCUCUCUGUCCCAUAUAUUAGAUGA